AUGUCUUCUGAGACUACUCGACGUGCGCCCCCGUCUCAAGGAGGACUGGCCCGGUUGGUGUCACGAUUCGAGAACCUCGAUGCUUCACCAAGGCCGCGUUCCAAGUAUGGGGCGGCGCAAAAGGAUCGAGGCCGUCCGGCUGUCACUUCCAGAAUUCCCGGUCCCUCGUCGGUGCAGCGCGAGUCGAAGCGUACUGCCACUGAGAUACCCCGGUCCGUGACAGUGCCGUCUCUGGCUUCGAAGAACGCUCCUCCUGUCAAAAGCGGUUCACUGAAGACCCCCGUGAAAGAUCGCCAUGCUAGGAAGGCAGUCACUCCGUCUUCUACAGGAGGGAAGUUGACCUUGCAGAAGGGAUCGGUGGUUGCGCAGAGGAGGAAGUUGUUUGAGCAAGGGCCUGACGAAAAUGUUGCUCCCAAUACCUACGAACCUAAAGCCGUUACUCCACCUGUUACUAUCAACGAGAAGCCGUCCUGCUCUGCGAGCAGUUCCGUCAAGGCAUCUUCCGUCGCAUCCGGGGGGGUUGAUGUGGCGAUGUCAGACUUACAAGAAGUGAAGGAUGCCGUCCCGGAUUUGAUCACUCCCAGCAGCCAGGUUGAGCAUCCUGAAUAUCUGCCGGCGCCACUCGCUACUAGCCGUCCAUCUUCUAGAAAUCAGCAGCAGAAUGAAGCUGAUGCCCCAGGCAAGAAAGGCACUUCUCAGCGGGGAUUUGAGCCCCGAAUCAAGUUGCAGGGAGGCAGUUUUCUGCCCAGACCCCCUUCUCCGCUCAAGAACAUGGUGGUUACAGACGUUGGCGGUUGGGACUUGAAGCCUUCUGACACAAAACCUGAGGUGGUCGUGUCCGGAAGCUACAGUGUGAGAAUUGACUUGCAAGGGCCCGCCAAUUCUUCUCCCGAGAAGCAGGAAGAGGGUGAGUCGGGGGCCCUGGACCUGCAGUCCGAUGUGACUCUUUGCUACCCAUGUCAUGAUGCCGUGCUGUCCUCGACUGCCAGCGAUGCCCUGCAAGCGCUCAAAGAACGGAGCGGUCCGUCUCUGCCCACCUCUGAAUCAGUUCCAUCUCCGCAAUCGAACGUCUCGAAUCUCCGGGCAAAAUAUGACGGCACGUUGCCUGCGUCGGCCUCGAUGCCGGCAGUCUCGAAAAGACGUUCGCAGCCACUCAUGCGGGAUGAUGCACCAAGGACACUCAACACAAAGACGCCUGUACGACGACCCUCUUCUGCCAUGCAGGGCUCUUUACGCCCAGCUGCCAGGAGAGAUGGCCCUCAGCCUCUACGACGCGGACCUUCUCCGUCGAAAGAAGGGACGCUCAAAGAAAAGAUUGGCCUCUGGGAGUCGAGGAGCCACCAAGACAAGCGAGAGGGCAGAUCUAGGCAGUUGCCCAGGGCUGUACCAACGAAGAAUGUAUCUACCAGUCGAAGACAGGAGCCGGUAACAAUCAAAACAUUUGACGGGCCACCGCCUCCAAUGCCAUCGGAUGCGGACAGUGUCAGCAGCCAGGCAAGCGACGUCAAGCCCUUGCUCUACACCAAACCAUCGGUGCUCAAAACAAGCCGCCAGAUGAGAAACUUGCUCCAAGUCUACAAUGUGGACGGCGAGGGAAGAGUGGGCUUUGAGCAGCAGCCACAUCAGGAGAUUCAAUGCCCAGGGGCUUGGCCGGACGAAGGCCGCGAUGAUGCUUCCCCUGCUAUGCGGAAACCUACCACGGUCAGCCGCCAAUCUUCGCUUCGCCUUUUGCGUCAUCGCUUGAUCGGCCGCGGUCAGGGGUCAUUCAUUGUUUCGCAGGCUCGUUGCACGCUUGAGCAGCCUCAGCCUGUGCGAGCCAGGGAGCUUCGGCGCCUUACGAGCCUCUGCAGAGAGAGGAUGGCUGCGUUGAGGGCGCGGGCUCAUGCAGAGUAG